UUAGAGUCUGGUUCUUCUCAAGGUUUUCUCCUCAUGCCGUCUCAGGGAGUUCUCCCUUGUCACAUUCGCUACUUGCUCGAUCAAAACAUGAUAUAAUACUAUUACAAUUAUAACACUAAAGUUAUACAUUUUAUGCAACCUUAUAACCGCUUUAUCUCAGCUUUGAGACAUCCAUCGUCUCCUUCAGUGGCCUCCAACUGAAGAAGUCAGGCUUCUGAAUGGAAAUAAAUGGGCAAUAAACGUCUUGUUAAUACUGGUUUUGGUCCAUUUGUCCUUCCAUAGUGUUCUAUUUUUUAUUAUUUUCUUUUUUUUUUGUCCACACCUUCAACACCGGGUGUUUGACUCUAAUGGCAUUCCACAACGAGCAUCUUCUUGGAGCUCCUACGUCACGCGGCGGAGCAGCUCCUACCGGUGGAGAGCGCGCAGGACGGAGAGCGCGUUGAACCCCGACACGGCCUCCAUUUAGGAACCAGAGCCUCUCUGUCCCUGUCUCCACGCCGAGCAGGAAUGGGAACAUCUGGCGCAUCUGUGGCACGGACGCGUCGCGGAUAGUGUGCACGGAGGAGCAGGGGCGAUGCCUACUCCUGAGCCAGGGCCUGCAGCAGAGGAGGAGGAGGAGGAGGAGCAUAGCUGUGAAGAAGGAACCAGCACCAAGAUGGAGAUGGAAAGCACAACCACCAACAUCCUGGCCUCUGUCAAAGAGCAGGAGCUCCAGUUCGAACGUCUCACCAGAGAGCUCGAGGUGGAGAGGCAGAUCGUAGCCAAUCAGCUGGAACGAUGCAGGUUGGGGGCGGAGUCUCCAGGUGCUGCCAGUGACAGCUCCUCUGAGAAGUCUCUGCUGUGGAGGUCAGCAGACUCCUCUGCGGCAGGUUUGUCCAAGCUCCACGCUUCGGAAGACUGCCUUUCACCUACUUUCGGGAUUAGAGGUCAAAGGUCACCCUAUUCCCCUGAACUGGAGCAAAUCUCCCUGCAUGAAAGGUCAGCGGCAAACUCGCGCAGCUCCACGCAGAUGAACUCGUAUUCAGACAGCGGCUAUCAGGAAGUGAGUGGUUACUAUAGCAACCUAGUGACCCCAAGGAGGUCGGAAGGACGGUCCCAGUCGACGAGUUCCGCCCCGAGUUUCAGUCCGAGCCUGGCCAUGGGGUCCAGGGCCGAGGGUCAGGCGCUAGCGCAGAUGUCAGGUGGCCGUGUAAUGAGGCGUGUGAGUUCAGUACCCUCCCGUGCCUCCUCUCCCGUCUACGCCCCCUCUCCGCUUGCCUCUCGCCCAACCCUGGGAAGCCCCUACGGUUCGCCCAUCAUCUCGGAGCCCCGCCCAUUGGCCAGCGUCUUCCCUGGCACCACUCUGCCUCCGUCCUCCGACACGCUCCAGUCUGCUUAUCCUGGGCACCUCAGGGACGGCAUGAGCUCCCCGACUCUUCUGGGGUCCGGCAUGACGGCACAGCCACAGCACUACGGGACGCUGGGAAAACAUGAGGCACAGCCGUAUGACAACACACAUUCCUCGUUCGGGGCACGGGCAUACGAUUUCUUCGAGAGGAUCGUUCUUUCCAGACCGGACAGUCUUACAGGCCUGCAGAGCUCCUACAGCCAACACAGCCAGCUGGGCCAGGAAGCCCAAUCUCCGGACCAUCACGGCGCCUCAGUUUACGAUGACAGAACCUUCCAGAACCCACUGUACCAGAGCCCGACCCACGGCUCUCAGUGCGGUCUGUCCAGGAACACAGGGUUGGGGACUCUUCCGAGAACCACCAGUCAGUGUAGUACCCUGCGCUACCAGAGGGGGGCAUACUCAGUUCCCUCACACACUGACACGUAUCGCUCCACCCUUUACCGAUCAGCAGAAUCCAACUACAGCAGACACGCAUCCGGGAUCAACAAUAACAUUUGUUCCACGCGAUCGCCGUCCAUCGACAGCAUCCACAAAGAUCCUCGGGAGUUUGCGUGGCGAGAUCCUGAGUUGCCGGAGGUCAUCCGCAUGCUGCAGCACCACUUUCCAUCAGUGCAGGCCAACGCUGCUGCCUACAUACAGCACCUGUGUUACGGAGACAACCGCAUUAAGACUGAGGUGUGUCGGCUCGGUGGAAUCCAGCAUCUGGUUGAUCUUCUGGAUCACAAGGUCCUGGAGGUGCAGCGCAGCGCAUGCGGUGCUCUCAGGAACCUGGUGUUCGGCAAAGCAACCGACGACAAUAAGGUGUGUGUGAGGAAUGCCGGAGGAAUCCCAGCACUGCUCCGGCUGCUAAGGAAAACCUCGGAAUCUGACAUCCGGGAGCUUGUGACCGGCGUGCUGUGGAACCUAUCGUCGUGCGACGCUGUGAAGAUGACCAUCGUGCGCGAUGCUCUCGGACCUCUCACCAACAUCGUCAUCAUCCCUCACUCGGGUUGGGGCGCCGCCCCUCAGAGAGAGGACCAGAAGCUCAAACUGCAUUCCUCGGUGGUGCUGAGGAACACAACCGGAUGCCUCAGAAACCUGAGCUCGGCCGGUGAAGAGGCUCGCAGGCAGAUGCGCUGCUGUGAAGGACUGAUCGAUUCGCUUCUCUACAUCAUCAAAACGUGUGUCAACACCUCCGACUUUGACAGCAAGAUUGUGGAAAACUGUGUGUGCACGCUAAGGAACCUGUCGUAUCGUCUCGAGCUGGAGAUGCCCCCCUCUCGAUUGAUGGGCAAUCAGGAACUGGAUACGCUCCUUGGCAAUGAUCCGUCCAGCAAACAAAUGGAUUUUAUCUGCUGGGGUCUGAGGAAGAAGAAGAAGAAGAGGUCCUGGCAGGAUCAGCAGGCAAGAGUCAAAAAAUGGGACGGAGUUGGACCUAUCCCAGGAUUCUCCGGAAGUCCAAAGGGUGCAGAGAUGCUUUGGCACCCGUCGGUUGUGAAGCCUUACCUCACCCUGCUGGCCGAAAGCUCAAACCCGGCCACACUGGAGGGGGCAGCUGGGUCUCUACAAAACCUCUCCGCUGGGUCCUGGAGGUUUGCAUCCUAUAUCCGAGCGGCAGUGCGUAAGGAGAAGGGUUUGCCCAUUCUGGUGGAGUUGCUGAGGAUGGAUAACGAUCGGGUGGUCUGCUCCGUGGCUACAGCGUUGCGCAACAUGGCUCUGGACGCCAGGAACAAAGAGCUAAUUGGGAAGUACGCCAUGCCGGAUCUGGUGACUCGUCUCCCGGGUCAUGGACCCUCGCUGCUCUCUGACGAGACGGUGGCGGCGGUGUGCUGUGCCCUUCAUGAGGUCACCAGCAGAAACAUGGAGAACGCUCGUGCACUCGCCCAGGUGGGGGGCAUCGACAAGCUGGUCAGCAUCAGCCGGGGCCGUGGGGAGAGAUAUUCCAUGAAGGUGGUGAAAGCUGCAGCACAGGUUCUGAACACACUGUGGCAGUACAGAGAUCUACGCAACAUCUAUAAAAGGGAUGGAUGGAAUCAGAACCAUUUCAUCACCCCGGUGUCGACCCUGGAGCGAGACCGGUACCGGUCGCAGCCCACGCUUCCUACCAGCAACUUACAGAUGUCGCCUGUGAUCCAAUCAGGUGGUAGCGCCACGUCCUCACCGGCUAUGCUGGGGAUAAGAGAGCAUCGGUUAAGUAAGAGGAGGGCUCAGUCAUCUAUGCAACUUCAAAACUAUUACGGAGACGCCAACAGAAACAAAACACUGUACACAGGGCCAGGAAAGCAUUCUGCCUAUUUCAUAAGCUCCUUCCCUUCUCCAUCUCAUGAGGAACCUCACAGGUCACAGCUUGGUCAGCUGUACUACUCGGACGAGCCGUCUCAGCGCUCGUACGACACGUAUGGAAUGUAUCUGGGGUCUCCGAUGGGCUACGAUGAUCCGUACCUGGACGAGCCGCUGCACUACCCUGUGGUGAGCGAGAGGCAGGCGUUCAAACGCAACACCAACUACGUGGACUUUUACUCCACCACACGCAGGCCUUCCUACCGCGCUCAGACCUACCCCGCAUCUCCAGACUCAUGGGUGUAGGCUCGAGUGUGUGUGUGUGUGUAUAUGUGUGUGAUUGUGUGUGUGACAUCUAUGUGGUCGUGGUGAGAAGAUUUUGAUGCCAAAUUUAUCUUUACAAUGUGUUGUGAAUUGAUGAUAAAAAAAAAAAGUUAUUUUUCAGCUAAGGGACUGUGCCCAAAGAUACCUAAUGAGUGUGUGUGUGUGUGUGUGUGUGUGUGUGUGUGUGUGUGUGUGUGUGUGUGUGCGUGUGUGUAAAACCUACAGAGGUACAUAGUAUGUAUGCCUGUGUGUGUGUGUGUGUGUGUGUGUGUGUGUGUGUGUGUGUGUAAAACCUACAGAGGUACAUAGUAUGUAUGCCUGUGUGUGUGUGUGUGUGUGUGUGUGUGUGUGUGUGUGAGUGAAAAUCUACAUAUACACAGUGGGUGUGCAUAUGUUUGUGUGUGUGUGUUCGUAAGAGAAAGACAAAUAACCUACAGUUAUAUGGGCUGAGUCUUGUGUGUGUGUGUGUGUGUGUGUGUGUGUGUGUGUGUGUGUGUGUGUGUGUGUGUGUGUGUGUGUGUGUGUGAAAUAACCUACAGUGAUACAAAGCAUACAUGAACAGUGUAUGUGUUUGUGCGUGUGAAAUAGCAUACAAAGCCACAUAGCAUGUGUGUGUGUGUGUGUGUGUGUGUGUGAGUGUUUGAGUGUGGUAUCACAGUAAGUGGAUGAAACGUAAAGUUCUUUACUGUGAGAAUGCAGAGGAACUCGAUUGCAGAGGAACUCGAGGCGUAUAAACCGUCUGUGAGCCAAAGAAGGAAAGAAAACAGACGGAUUUUUCACGCCGAUCUUUUUAAAAAAAUUCGCAGCACAUUUUUAUGAGGAAUCUUCAUCUCACAUCCUCACCACAGCGUGCAGCGACCACACCACACACAGUCCACUUCCACAGUGUACAUUCCCAGUUUGUUUAAAAAGGCAUGUUAGAAAAAAAGAGUCUGUCGUAAACUACGGUGUAGUUCGAAGAUGCGUCCGGUGCAGUUUCUCACAACGAUCUCAAAUCUGUGGAAGAGGAAAAAACUCCUGAAAAAUGACGUACUGUGCAACGGUAAACAAAUCGUCCCCCUGUCCAGUCUCGUCCAUGUAGUUACUGUUCAGAGUAGUGUGUGCCGCAGACUCGUGUACCGAUCUGUCGGUGUUCUGUAAAAAAAUAAUAAUAAUAAACUCGUGUGACGUGUGACGUGUGCACCCCAGCACAACGCCUGUGUCAUGUGACAUAGCUGUGUAGAGCAGUAUGAACAAUUAGAGACUUUAUGGAGACAAUAUGUAUUAUAACACUAUCAGAAAUAAAGAUAAACAUUUGUUUUUGUA